AUGCGUAUUAUGAUAGCCGUUUUAUUGCCUGUUAUAAUGUCUUCUGCACUAUCACCGCUUUACUUCCGUCUCUCCCAUGAGGCUCAGAUUAUAUUGCUGGAUUUCUUCAUCGAGAAGACCAUUGUGCUUUUUACGUACAACGAGAAUUUGGAAAAGGAAGCCUUUUAUUACGCCGAGAACAGAUUCUAUGUUGUUCCCCCAACCAAAGUCCACGAAAUUGCAUUCUUUGACCACACUGGUAAACCUGUGGAUGAUGUGUUCAUUACUCAGAGUGUCGUUAAAUUUUGGGAGAAUGAGACAUUCCACUUCGGAACUGACUGGCAGGAUCUGCCCGAAAGUCUCGUCACAUUUUUGAUAAAUUUCGUUCUUGAUGGUGUUGGCCUAUACGCAGAAGAACUGCUGAUGAGUGCUAGCGAAUGCGCGCGGCAAUCAAAUAGGUUUUGGCUGGGCCUAGGAAACAACGAUGAGGCGAGGACGAAGAUGUUUGACAGGUUGUCGGAGGCGAGGAUGAAGCUUUGUGGAUUAGCACGAGUGGCUAUAGGAAGAGCUUUAGGUGACCUGCGCGCCUACCAUUUCGAUGCUGAAAAGGAGAUGCUGUCGCCACCCUCGAAUAAAGGACAGCCUACAGGAUGGGAUAUCGCAGUUAAUGGCGCUUUUGAUUCUAAAGGAUUCAAGGAAAUAUGCAAGGUACUGGCCAUGGAAACGAAAACGAAACUCUGUAUAUACACAGAAGUGAUGCACCGCUCCGAGGCAGGUUAA